AUGACAACGACGUGGCACCACCAGAGCACCGCCAUCAACCAACGGCGACCAGCACCCACCACGAUUCACGAGCGCCCACCACGAUUCACGAGCGCCCACCACGACGACCAGGCGAAUGCGGCAACAAAGGUCAGACGACGCGAAUACGCGUCGUCUGACGGUGACGACUGGUGCCCCGUCGACGUGGCCAACCUCCUUGCCCCCCACUCCCUGGUUUGCAGCUGCCACCACCCCCGGAAACUCCCCAGCACCCACGAAAACGCCCUAACGCCCACAAAAACCGCACCCCGCCCACGAAAACCACACCCUGCCCACGAAAAUGCCCCAGCGCCCACGGAACAACACCCAGCGCCCACACAUGAGGUCGACGACGACACCCAACGCCCAGCGCCCACGUACAACAUGCGACGACGCCAACACAACAACGGCACGCGACAACGACAACGCGACGACAACAUGCGACGUCGACAACGUGACGACAACGACAACGACAACGACACUCGAUGGCAACAACACGACGGCGACACACGACGUCGACAACACGACAGCGACAUGCAACGUCGACAACGCGACGGCGACAUGCAACGUCGACAAUGCAAGUCCCCCACCACACUCUCCCCACCCCAUUAG